GGAGGCCACAUGGAGGUGUUGUGUUGACAGUUGUGUUAGUGUGUGUGUAGGGGACGCACGCGUCUUUAUCUCGCUCGUACAGAUAUUGUCGACACCACAUUUGUGUAAAAAGCAGUGAAAUUUAACAAUGUUAUUGUGGAGUGAAAGUUAAGGUUGUAUUAGACAAUAAGCCCGAGGUGUGUGUUGCUUAAGGAGUGACACGCUCAAGGCUAGUGAAGUGGGGGUCACAGUGCUGCCUGAAGGAUCCGUCGCCACCAUGAGCAAGUUAUUUCCCAUGUUCAAGCGGAGGGGAAAGAACAAGGAAGAAGAAUUAGAGGAAGAAUCUAAAAAGAGACUUGGAAAAGUAAAUAAACAUCUGAAGGCUCACCUCCACAGCCCGUCUCAUGAAGUUGCCCCCGACUUGACCAAACCAAUAAAAAAAAGGAAAGCUAAGGAAGGAAAGCGUAAAGCUCCCAUCCCAGGUGGAAAGGAGAAUAAUCCGGGCACGUUUCGCCUGGAAACGCAGCUUACAGGAGAUUUCUAUGUGGACGAUUGUGGUGUAGUUCGUCCAUGCCUCACAGGAGUGUCCGAGUUGCAACACCAGGAAGGCUUCAUUGUGGAUGACAGUGGUGUAGUCAUACCAAGUCUGCCUGUGGAGAUGGCAGUUGACAGCAUCCUUCCCACUGAGGAAAACAAUGUUAUUGGUAAAGAUGACCCCUUAGAGAUAACAAAUAUGCCAGAAAUCUCUUGCAUUACAAAUGAGUUUGCAAGUUCUGAAGGUAACACCAUGGAAGAGGCUGGCUUUCCCGAGGUAAAUGCGGUGGACAAUGCCAGUGAUGGUUGUUCAAGUUCCCAUGAAGAGGGAAUUAGCACAUGCGAGCAAGAUCAGGAUGAAAGUACAAUGAGUGACCAUGAAGAACGGAAUCUUGAUGUUGCUGAUGACGUAAUUCCUGUUUUGUGUGAUGCCUCGGAAAUAAACGAAGUGACAUUGAGCGAGUGUGACAAAUAUGCCCCACAGGAUGCUCCUCAAGGUAAUGUUGUUUCAUGUAUUGCAAAUGACGUAAGCACUAUUAUUAUACCAGAAGGGAUUAGGACCUCUGUUGAUGAUGUAAUUGAAAUUGAUGAUACACUACUACCACAGGAUGAAGAAGCAGUGGAUGAAGUAAUGGUGGAUUAUAGUCAGAGGAGUGAUGAUGAUGGUGGAAUGAAUAAUUAUUCUUCGAGAAAUACAGAUAAUGAAGGUGGUGAAAGCACUGAAGACACUAAUGAAGAUGAGUGUUUAAGAGGCAGUAUUGAAGUUCAGCAUGGCACUGUGGCUCAGUUUGAGAGUAAGCAUGAAGUAAAAGAGACCCAAGAAGGUACUGUGUCGGGUGAGAAUAGUGAUAUGGACGUUAGUGGUGUGCAUUAUAGCCAGGAGAGUGACGACGACUUCGACUCUGCCCAAGAGGAAUGGGACGAAGAUGACUUUCCAUCCGAGUCAGUCCCAGGCAACACAACAGAGGAAGGGAGAAGCUCCGUAUGUGACACUGUGAAAGGCAUGUCUCCUGGAUGUAUCGAAAGUGUAGAGUUGAAUUGCUCAGAAGAAUCGCACGUUUUUGCUGAAGAGGUAAAUGAAGCCACAAAUAGUGUGCUCAUCAGUAGUAAGGGUGAGGAAGAGGCACAGAGUAUUGUCAGAGAAGCAAGCAUUUCUUCCUCGUACCAUGAUGCACCUUUUGACCUAGCAGAGUUAAAAGUUACUGACAUUUCCUCUGUUGUUGAUGCCACAAAUGAAGAAAUGUUAAGAGAUUUAAGUGGACAAGACGAUAAAAAAAUUCCACGUAGCAUUAACAAACUCGCACGGAAAACAUCAAAUAUUUCUACAGCCUCCAGCGACAUGUUUGAUGAAGAACUUGAUGAGCUACUGGAUGAAGAGCUCGACAGAUUAUCAGAAGAGGAAGUUGACGGCAUUAACCAGAAAGUAUCUCUUGUGGAAGGAGUUGAUACAGGAACUGUGGAAAUAGCAAAAGAUACUAUUAACAAUUGUUUGCAAAAAGAUGAAUCUACAGUGGAAGCCAGCAAGUCAAAGGAAACUGAAUUGGAGAAAGGGACUGUUUUAACUACAGAUGUUGGAAUCAAUAUAGUAGACCAAGAUGGUGAAAUAAGUAAAAUAUGUGAAAGUGGCUCGGAUAACAUUAGUCCAACUAUUGAGGGAAGUGUGAAUAACACCUCGCAUGAUUCAGAUUGUUUAACGACAAUACCAGAGGAUGAUGGCUGCCCAGAAAAAGGUGUGAAGUCCAAAUCAUCAACUUCAGUAAGUGUGGAAGAGGGUGUGGAUCAGGCCAAAGACAGUGGGUAUUACAGUUUGCCUGUGUCACCCAAGCCAGGUGUUACUGUAAGGGCUAAUGAGGCACCUGAUGGAGGUGUAGACUUAAAUGUGGUUGAUGAUUCCUUUGGGGACAGUGAGGAGGAAGGAAUGAUCACUCCACCUAUUGCUGUACCAUCACUCCUAGAUCAGAGUGCAACACCCACACAGAAAAUUCCAGAAAUAAGAGAGUGUAUUUUGGAUAGUUCUGUGACUAAUGAAUCCAAUGUACUUUACGAGUCAUGCUGUGAAAAUCCAGAACCUGAGACAGAAAGCGUUCACACACACACAGAGGCACCAGAAUCGACGGAGAAACACAACGAAGAAGCAUCGGCAGAAUCACAAAAGAAUAAAAAACCUAAGAAUCCUAAGCUUUACAUUGGCAAAGAUGCAGCAGGAACAGCAGAGUUGAAAGAGGGAAGUGGUUCUCCAAGAGGCGGCUCUACCCCAACCCGGCACUCAAGGCAUAAGUCCCCGAUGCUGGAGUGUGAAAACAAACAGCCAAGUGAUGAGAGAGUGCUUAGCCCUGACCCUGUGGGAGACAGGUUCCUGGAGCAGGCUGUCUUUGUAUCCCAUGAGGAAGCUGAAGCUCGAUUGGCCCAGCGAAGAGCAGCUCGGGCAGAGGCCAGGGAGCUGAGACUGCGAGAGCUUGAGAAGCAGCAACAAGACCAGGAAAAUGAUGAGGAAAAACAGUUUGGUACUCCGUCCUAUGCAGGUGCAGAGGGUGGUGGUGACGACGAAGAUGAGGAGGAGGGGGAGGAGGAAGAGCCGUCACCAAGAUCAGGAGGUACUGGGAGGACCUCUGUUCGAACAGCAGGGAUUAAUUGUACGGGCCAGUACUCGAGGAGAUCGUCGGAAGACUCGACGACUGAUGAAUCUCUACCAGCAAAUGUUAGAGAGAUGAGGGCAGAAUUAAAAGAACUUGAUGAGAAAUUCCGGAAGGCAAUGAUAACCAAUGCUCAACUUGAUAAUGAAAAGGCAACGCUAACCUUUGAAGUCGAGUUGAUGAAGGACAAGUAUACUGAAUUGGAGGAGACGCACACGCAGUUAGCGAAAGAACAUCGUAAGAAAUGUACCGAAUAUGAACAACUUAGGAAAGUAUCAACAAAGUUACAAGAAGAAGUGAAAAUCCUUCGUGGUAUGUUACAAGAACGAGACCAGUUAAUACAGGAAUAUGGCUUGGUUGUGGUUGGUGAAGAGGAGGAGAAUGGCGAGGAAGUAGAAUCUGAAAAGGAGGAAGUGGAAGAUUUAUCACCUAGGAAUAUAUUUGUUAAGAAAGCAUUAAUUUCACAAGAAGCGGCAGAACUAUUGGCAAAGGGUGCUGCUAAAGGCUCACUAGAUGUAAGGCUAAAGAAGUUGGGUGAGGAGAAAAAUGAUUUAGAAGACCAAGUUAGAAGAUUGAAAUUAGAACUUGAAGAAGAGCAAAUCAAGAAUAGAAGACGAGAAAAUGGUUUAGACUAUGAGAAACAAAAGGAGCAAAGCAAAACUGUAAACGAAUAUAAGUUUAGAGUUCAGAAGGCUGAAGCUGAGGUGUCAACGUUGCUGGCCAAUGAUAUCGGAGAAAGCGACCCACGAGGUGGUUUACUCAGAUGGCGAGCAACUUUUCUAUCUGACACCGAUAAGGUGGCACGGCUGGAUGCUCUGUCGACUCGUUAUAGAACUCAGUCUGAAGAACUUGAGAAAAGUGAAGAAGAGCUUAAGCUGGAGAAACGGAAAUUGCAAAGAGAGUUAAGAGAUGCCCAAAGUAGAUUAGAAGAAGUGGAAACUACUAAUAAUCAUCUUAUAAAGAGGUUUGACAAGUUAAAAAAUGCAAGAUCUACUUUGCUAAAGGAUUUAUCUCAAGAUCCAGCGUGAGGUGGUGACCAGGGUGGUGGUCUACUCCUCUGGAAUGUUUCCCGCUGCCAUCUUCAACUUGUAAGCCACAAUAUUUGGUCAGGGAGUUGAUGUAACGGGUCCAUUGUAUAGGGUCUUGUGAUAUGAAAAGUGUGAAAGUGUUGCCAGUUUUUGCAAGCAGGAACUCGAGUAUUAAUAAGUACAGUUACGGUAAUAUGAAAAUGUCAUAUGAAAUUUCACAUAUUUGUGAUGCAAAAUUUUGCCUUUGACAAUGGCAAAAGGGUAUGUGAAGGGCAUCACUUAUAACAUGGUGAAUCCCUACAUUGAAUAAUGGCAUUAUUACAAGUUGAAGGCUUUGCUGAACAUCCCACAGCUACUACUUAACCACCUCAUUCACUGUGAUGCUUUUAUUAUUGAAUAUUUGUCGUUAGGCCAUUUAGCAAAUGAAUGCCUCGGUGCCUCUAGCCCCUUACAGCCAUUGAAAUUAUCAUACCUCAGGUGAUGCAGCUGCCCUUUCCGCAAACUUCUCAAGUGGAGACCAAGUCAACAAACGCUUGUUUUACCAGGGGUCAAGUUUUUAUAUAAAUAUUUCAUGGUACAACUGUCCUAGUUUUCUCCACUUAAGCUGAAGCUUAUUGCAAGCAGAACAAGGCCACAGCUGUUGCUGCUGCCAGCUGAACAAUUAAGCCUCAUUCAUCAAUGUUGGGUGCCACACUGUAAGUGCAUGCCCCAGCUGAUGUGCGAUGUUGGGUGCCACACUGUAAGUGCAUGCCCCAGCUGAUGUGCGAUGUUGGGUGCCACGCUGUAAGUGCAUGCCCCAGCUGAUGUGCGAUGUUGGGUGCCACACUGUAAGUGCAUGCCCCAGCUGAUGUGCGAUGUUGGGUGCCACACUGUAAGUGCAUGCCCCAGCUGAUGUGCGAUGUUGGGAGCCACACUGUAAGUGCAUGCCCCAGCUGAUGUGCGAUGUUGGGUGCCACACUGUAAGUGCAUGCCCCAGCUGAUGUGCGAUGUUGGGAGCCACACUGUAAG